UAUCACUUCCUUAUUAAAUGUACCUUCUGAAUAACUAUGAUUUAAAUAACUUUGGUAGACAAGGAGUCUUUCAUGAGCUACAUAGGUAUAAUGCCAGCAGCGAAAAUUACCAUCGAAUCCUAUUAUGAUGAAAGGCCUCGUUCAUGUUCCGGCUGCUCGGAGCCCCUGAAAAAUGAGCCCUACAUUGAGGCCCUGAAUAGCGAUUGGCACCAGACAUGCUUCAACUGCCAGAGUUAUUUUAAAUAUAUGUUCCAAGUGCAGCCGGAACCUGUCCAACUGGUACUUCGAGAAGCAUGGUCAGUUGUUCUGCAAGUCCGACUACUGGGCCACGUACGGGGAGGCGUGCAAUGGCUGCACUGAGAUCAUCACAGGACCUGUCAUGGUUGCGGGAGAGCACAACUAUCACCCAGAGUGUUUCCAGUGCGCGAGCUGCCACACAUACAUUGGGGACGGGGAGAAAUAUGCCCUCGUGGAGCGAUCAAACCUCUACUGUGGAGAAUGUUACAACCUACAGAUGAAGCCGUUGCUAACAGAGACACCACAUCGCCGUCGGAAACCACAUUCCAUCCAGAUGAUUGAAGUGCCUGCAACUCCGGAUAGCCACAGGGGCCUCCAUUUCUCCAUUGAGAAGGGGCAGACCAGGAACCGGCUUUCUGUUUACAGGGAACCAAUAGAGACACCUCACACUCCACAACUGAAAAUAUCUAAGAUAGACAGCCAACCAGAGCUGGAGGAACUAAAUGUUGGUGACAAGAUCAUCGAGGUGAAUGGAGUUGCUGUGCAGGACACACGGCUUGAUGAGAUUACCUCCCUUCUUGAGAACUCACAGAAGACCCUGCAACUAAUGGUUGAGCGUGACCCUUCCCCCCUGCUUGGGUCGAGAACUCGCUCCUACCCAUCUGACACUGAGUCAGAAUCUGAUAGUUCGUCAUCUGUCACUUCACCUGAGGUGAUUGAUGUGGAAGGAACCAAGGUACUACUCCGAGCAAAAGAUGUCAUCAAAACACACAGAAAUAGUCAUGUAAGAAGAAGAAGCAAGUCGCCAUCCCCAAUGCCAUCUAGUCGACAGAAGAGCGUUGAUCUCAGUCGGGCGCAGUCUUUCCGCACAAUGCCCGAGACCCACCGUGUGUUUCGCACCAGUGACCUCGUCCCAGGUGAAAUCCUUGGCAAGGGCUUCUUUGGGCAGGCGGUCAAGGUUGUUCACAAGGUCACAAAUGAAGUCAUGGUGCUUAAAGAGCUAUACAGAUUUGAUGAAGAUGCUCAAAAGAGUUUCUUAAAAGAGGUAUCAGUGUUGCGUAGCCUGGACCAUCCUAAUGUCUUGAAACUGCUGGGCGUGAUGUACAAGGACAAGAAACUGAACUUAGUCACAGAGUUCAUCGAGGGGGGAACCCUGAAGGAGAUGCUGCAGAAUAUGAAUCGCCAUUUCUCAUGGUUACAGAAGGUUACCAUGGCGAAGGACAUUUCGUCUGGCAUGUCAUAUCUUCACUCCAUGGACAUCAUACACAGGGAUCUCAACUCUAACAACUGCCUCUGUAGAUUAGAUGGUACAGUGGUGGUUGCAGAUUUUGGCCUGGCACGUGUCAUAUCUGACCACGAGUUGUUUAGACAGCCUCCCCUGACCCCUGCCACCCCCACCAGCUCUGCCACAGACAAGAGGAGGAUGCGAUCCAAGCGUAAGAAGCGCUACACAGUGGUGGGAAAUCCAUUCUGGAUGGCACCAGAGAUGAUCAACGGCCUCAAGUAUGAUGAGAAAGUAGAUGUGUUCUCGUUUGGGAUUGUCAUCUGUGAGAUAAUAGGUAGAGUGUAUGCUGACCCGGACCUGCUUCCCCGUAGCUAUGAUUUCGGACUGAAUGUGGAGGCCUUCAAGGAGAAGUUUUGCGAAGAUUGUCCGGACUGCUUCCUAAAGCUGGCUGUAAUCUGUGCUCAGAUGGUUCCUGAGAACAGGCCAUCCUUUGAGCAGAUUAACUUGUGGAGUGAGAACCUAUUGCUACACCUGGAGCAUAGAAUGGCCCUGCCCAAGGAGCUUCAGGGUGACCCUGUGCAACUGUACAGGGACGCCCGCAGCAAGGGGCUUGGGAUAACUGCCAACAAAGAAGAGACAGCCGUAAAGACCGGGGACGAAGUGAACGUGGAGAGGAAGGGCUCCAAGAAGAAACACCACCACAGGACCUCAAACCUCGGUAUUAUCACUGAGGCAGAGAAAAAUUGUCAUAAUCAUAAUCCAAGUGCUCAAAAUCAUGAUAGCGCUGCAAGAGAUGUUGACAGUGCUAAUGAUUGUCUUUCAAAUUCUCACAAUGACAGCCACAACAAAGCUGAUGAUAGCCAAUUAUCAGGGAUGGGUGUUGCUGAAAGUGAAAAACAUUGCACUGAUCCAGAUUGUGUUAAAAACAAGAAAAAAAUUGACUGUGAUACAGAAACUAACAACAAUGCAGAGAUCAAUAACAUUGAUAAAGCUAAAGAAGUGGACAAUAAAUGUGAAUCACUGAUCUCAGGAAAACAAAAUGAUUCAGACAAAUAGUUUAACUUACGGUCAAAGUACAUAUUGCAAUUACAAAUGAAUUUGUGAUAUUUAUUGUGCUAGACAAUUCUAAUCUUUUUAUAAUUCAUGAAGCAAACUGCGAACAAGUGCCCUUUGCCAUUACACGUGUACAUGGUACAUCUCUUGGUUUGUCUAUUUUUUUGAAGAAAAAAAGUUCAGGUAUUUUCAUAGCCUUGGUGUUGUUGUUGUUUGCAGCAUCUUCAUACAAAAAAGUUCAACUUGGCUGUAACUCUUAAAUUUUAACUGUUUAAGACAUAUAUAUACUCAAAUGAAACUGGUACACGUAUAGAAAGUCCCAGAACUCUGGCUUAAAAAAUUGUCAUGUUAUGCCCCUUGUUUGUGAACAAAAGUCAGAUGACAGUGUUCUCUCAGUUCCGUUCUUGUUUCUUGAAUGUAUUGCAUUUCAUAAUUUACCAAUAUGUACAUGUACUGUCUUUGUAAUUAGUGGAUGUUUAUUUUGAUAUUAUUGGAAGUUCUGAUGUUUAUGUUUCAUGUAUAUUGAUUAGUAGUGCAAUAUAUUUUGUUCUUUUUUUUACUUUUUCAGUAGAUCUUUUAUACUUGUAAGAAAUUGUAAUAUGAUACUAAAAUUCAUAGGUGUGCAACGAUACUUUUUUUUCUUAUCAACUUGAAUAUUUGAAUGUCUUUAAUAUAGAGCUGCCUUCUUUGAUACAUUUCAUAAUUUUGGUAAAACAAUUUGAUUGACAGUUGCCUUUGAAGUUAGAUAACUUUACACAUUAUCCUAUUUUAUAUGCCAGGCUGUGUUUAGCCUUUAAUGCCUCUUUGCCUUAUUUUAUUGCUAGUCUAUACUCUUUAUGUUUGUGUUAUGUUGGCCUUGUGCCUUCACAUAUUAUAUAGUUUGGUAUGCAAGGUACAAGGUGCAAGGACAUGUACAUGUGCCUAAUCAUAUUUAAGUAUUCUUAUUGUAUCUCUGAUAGAUAUAUCUUGGGCUGUAUAGAAGUUGCGUUUGUCAUGUCACAUCACAAAAAUCUUGAAUGUAGCUACACAGACCUAUAAACCAUGGAUUGGCAACUGCCCGAUAUCGGUGAAACGAUAAGAAAUAAUAAUUUACCCACAAUCCGUAGCGCGCUCAGCAAAUAUCGGAAAAUUCAACCAAAUCUCUGAUCGGUGAUAAACGGCGAUCUUCGGUUAUUUCUGCCAGCUCUGCCUAUAAUUAUUUUAAACACCGAUCUACAUGUCGCAUGUAGUAUGUUUUUAGUUUGUCGUUAUUGCAUUUUCUCUAAUUAUCGAAGUAUUAAUCAGGACCUAAUAUGUUCCUGAUUAAUGUUAUAUUUAGUUUCAAUUAAUGUUUUACUACAUGUAUAUAUUUGGCCAAUGUCGGACGUCUCAAAAACAACCACACAGUAAGAUCUUGGAAUGAAAUCACGCUGCACGUGUGAGUUUGAGCUAAUCGCAUUAACACAGAUGAGAGUUGCCAAUCCAUGGUUUAUAGGUCCGUGGUAGCUAUAAAAGUCCCUCAAGCUUACAAAGCUAAUGGCCCAUGACUUAAUAAGCAGGAUCAAGUUGAAUUUUGUUUCAAACUACUCUUGAUGGAGCUAUGGCCCUUUUUCAACUACAACUACAAUAUAGUUUCUGGACAAUAACUCAUGAAAAGGAUGACAAUUUUAAUGUUUAGUACACAUGUUUAACACCUUAAAAUACAGGUCAAUUUAGACUAUGGUAACAAACCACCAUUUUUAGCUCUACUGGCCAAAGGCCAGAAGAGCUUAUGCGAUGGUAAUGUGUACGUAGUAUGUGCAUCCGUGCGUCUGUAAACAAUUGCUUGUGAACACAAUACAGUCUUCAGUUUUGAUUGUAUCUCGAUGAAACUUGUACAGUAUCUAGAUAUCCAUUAGAGCUGGGUUCCUUUCGAAAACCAGCCAGAUCCGCCCAUGCAUGGCUAGAUUAUGGCCCUUGAUAGUAUAAAAAAAAUGCUAUUGUGUAAACAAUUGGUUGUGAACACGAUACAGUCUUCAGUUUUGAUUGUAUCUCAAUGAAACUUGUACAGUAUCUAGAUAUCCAUUACAGCUCGGUUCCUUUCGAAAACCAAAUGCUUUCUAUUUUUAGCCAGGUCUGCAUGAGCGAAUUCUAUUUUUAGCCAAGUUUACAUGUACAUGUAAAUUCAAGUCUAGAGUUAAGGGAGACAAUUUGCAAGUCUAGGAUUUUGAGAGAAAAUUUGCUUUUUGCUUCUGCAGUUGAUUUUGUGAAAUACUUGUUCUUGUUGAAAGCCCAAAGGCCAUUUUUUAGCUUUAAGUUCUGUAGUUUGUGCAUUCAUCUUAACAAAAUUGGUAGUGAAUGUUUAAGUUAUGCACCUGGUGUCAUUACUGGCCACACCCAGGGUUCACAGGUUUGGUAAACAUAAAUCUGGAAAGGUUUGAAAAUCUUUUUGUGUGUUCGUGCAUCCAUCUCAGCACAAUUGACUGUAAAUGUUUGUUCAAAUUGAUCAAUGUUGUCCUAGGAUGCCCUUGACUUUGACCUUUUGACCAACUUUUUUUUAACUUUUAAAACUACAGAAAUUUUUACUAUGAGUACAGUUUUGAAAGCAUUUUUUUGUCAGAUGACUUUUACUUGGCACAUAUUAAAAUAGUUCAUGCAACUUAUCUGCUUACAAUACUUUCUGGGCUCAGAUGUUGAACGUGCUACGUUUUCAGGUAACCCAAACACAAAACAUAAACUAUAUGUCUGUUGCCUUUUACCCAUACAUACAUGCUCUGGAUUGAGAUGACCACAAAAGCCAUGCCAGUAGAGCAUAGGCCCUUUUGGGCCUCUUGUUUUACUGAAUUAUGUCCACAGCUUAACUAAGCAUUUUCAAGAGAUACAUUGUACAGUGUCUGGACAAUAGCUGAUGUAAUAUGGAUUUGAAUUAUUUUUGGUACACAUGAUUAAUACUAUAAAAGUACAGGUCAAGAUUAAUUUUAGUUAUAUUCAAACUUUUCAAAGAAACAGUUUUUCCUGUAUUCAGGUGGUGUGUGGGAGCAUUGUCACUCCUGUUACAGCUCUCUUUUAUUUUUGCACAGAAAGCAUGUGUUGGGGUGAAGGGCGGUGAACUUAAAGUGCUUAUACAGUAAAUAUACAUUCCAACAUGAUUACACCUUAAUCAUCAUGUUCAUUCAAGAUUUCAUUAGAUUGUUAUAAAGACUCAUCAAAAUCAAUGUAAAGCAUGCUGGAUCCAAUCUAUUGUACUAAAAAAAAAUAUGUGCAUAAUAGCCUACAUCACCUUAGAACUCGUCUCUUUCAUCUCAAGAAUAGCCAGUUUCAUUUCAAUAUAUAUGUUAAAUCAGUUAAACUUCUGUUACAUAUAGUAAAUUUUCCCAGUAUUCAUUUAUAGCCUCAAAAGUUAUAUGACUGUAUGAUACAGUACCAUACAUGAAAUUAAAGUUAUGUAAAUGUUAUACAGCACGAACAUGACUACAACUACUGGUGACAAUAUUAAAGAGGACUGCUCACUGAAUGUUGUAGAGUUCAACCUAACAACGUUAUAAACAUAACCAUAUGAGGUCCACAUACAAAAUCUAAUGAUCAAGCAAACUUGAACUGUUUGGAAUAUUAUAAACAGAGGAUUAGAGUUGCAUGUGCAAGUAGUUGUUUCUCAAUUUCUGUUCAUCAUUCUAGGAUUUGUCAUUAUGUUAUUUGAUUAUUAACAUGGACAUAACAUGGACAUAUUUAUAUGAUGGUGCUGUUACUAAGGUUUAAUGAAUGAUAGCAGUUCAAUAUAAAAAAAAUGUUUGUUAGUGCAUUGCAUUGAUGCAAUAUGUUAAUCAAUAACUUAUUUAAGUAUAUGGAAUAAUAAAGAUAG